UUGUGCUUGGACAUCGAUAGUUYGGGUCGCUGARAAUUAACACUUUACAGGCGUCUUGUACUUUUCGUUCUUACUAUAAGAAACAUGGCUACUGCUAUGAAAUCUCCCAGUACUUCUUCUAUGCAAACUCCAGAGCCUACGCGGAAGCGCUCUGGAAGUUUUGUUUCCCCGUCAAAGAUGACGAGAACGCAGGAGAAGAUGGAACUUCAGCAUCUGAACGACCGCCUGGCGACGUACAUAGACCGCAUGAAAGAACUAGAGGAACAAAACAGCAAACUUAAAUCAGAGAUGAGAAUUUCUAAGGAAACGGUCGAAAGAGAAGUCGAUGGAGUAAAGCGCAUGUAUGAGUCGGAGUUGGCUGAAGCAAGGCGACUUGUCGAUGAAACAGCAAAGGAGAAGGCCAAAGAACAGAUCGAAAAUGGCAAAAAUGCUGCUCUUGCGGCUGAUUACAAAGCAAAACUUGAUAAAGAAAGUGCUGCCAGGAAAAAAGCAGAAAAAGAACUUAGCAAUUUAAAAAAACAGUUGGCUGACCUUGAAAACCAGCUUUCCAAAGCCAACCAUGAAAUUGCCAGUUUACAAGACCGUGUUAGUGAACUUGAAAGUGAAAAUAAAGAGCUUAAAGAAACUCUAGACUCAGCAAAGUACAAUCUGGAGCAAGAGACUUUGAGUAGAGUAGAUUUACAGAACCAAGUGCAGUCUCUCAAGGAAGAACUCAACUUUAAAAAGAAUGUAUAUGAUAAGGAAAUGUCAGAAAUCAGAACACAACUCAAAACUGUUGAAUCCAAGAGGGUGAUCAUAGAGACUGACUACAAGAAUAGAUAUGAAGGAGCUCUGAAAGAAAGACUACAAGAACUUAGAGAUGACUAUGAUUUCGAAGGCAAGAGGUUUAAAGAAGAAACACAGCUCUUGUAUAGCUCAAAGUAUGAAGAACUCAGAGUUCAAAGAGAGAAGGAUACACAAACCAUUGCACAGUUGAGAGAACAAAAUAGAGAAUUAUCUCAAUCUGUUGACAGCCUGAGAUCUGAGCUCAAUCAGGAACAAGCCAAGGUGAAAGCCUUGGGGACAAGAGUGUCUGAUUUACAAGACCUCCGUGCCACUGACAAGAAGAAGGCUGAUGAAGCCAUCAUAAUUCGUGAGAAUGAGAUCAGUGAGCUGAGAAGCAGUAUUGAUGAAGCUCUUAAAGACUAUGAAGACCUUAUGGGUGUCAAAGUCGCUCUUGAUAUGGAGAUAGCUGCCUACAGAAAGUUGCUUGAAGGAGAAGAGAACAGGCUAAACAUAACGCCUCCCACGUCACCAGUGUAUGGCAGCGGAGGAGCAAGCUCUCGAAGAAGAGGUGCAAAACGUGCAAGGACAGAGGAAACAGAGUCCACAAUAACAACAACCACAACAGCUGAAGGACCAAUCCAGAUUGUAGAGUCUAGUCCYGAAGGAAAGUAUAUCAAGCUUUUCAAUAGUGGAGAAAAGGAUGAGCCGUUAGGUGGUUGGACCAUUCAAAGACAAGUUGGCAAAGAUGAUCCUGUUGUGUACAAAUUCACUCCAAAAUAUGCCCUGAAAGCACAGAGCUAUGUCACGAUUUAUGCRUCACAAGGAGGAGGUACCCACAAGCCACCAUCUGACAUUGUGUUCAAGCAAAUUCAGACAUGGGGGUCUGGGAAUGAAGUCAGGACAGCAUUAGUGAAUGCAGGGGGAGAGGAGCUUGCAACUCUUUCUGAAGAGAAAGUUUGCCAGCAGUUCAUAACUGAUUCAACUGAUAGUGGUGGCAGAGGUAAAAAACAUGGAGACUUAAACAAGGGCUGCUCCAUCAUGUAAAAUGUAAAGAGUACCAGAGUUCCUCUUCACAGCUGCUUUCUAGAUGAGUUGGUUAAUGUGGAGCAAGUUUGUACAAUAGAUUCUAAUGACAACAUCUUAGUCUGGACGGCUUCGUCCACAAUAAUGACUUUUCCUCGCGCCUUUAUAUUUUUCAUUGAUUCCAUUUAGCACAGAGGCUCUACGAAAACGUAUCCUUGUCAAGGCCAUAGGUUUUCAAUUAGUUCAUGUACAAGAAAAACGUUUUUGAGUAGAAAUAUUUUUAUUGCACUAAAAUGUGUGAAAAGGGCUGCACGGAAUCUUAUCACCUUGACGUUGUUUUGCUGUAUAAAUGAUAAGCUGUCUUUGAAGUAAAUACAAAACAUACAUUGACCUUUUUAUAAACUCUCUGAAAAGUAUAUAAGCGAGAAAGUUACUUUUGCGAUACUUAAAAACAACUAGACACGUCUAAGUUAUUUGUCAUUUUGCAGAUAUUGGUUUCAUAGCCAUUUUGCUGUGAUCAGCAGCAUAAAACUUUUAAUUAUCAUACUCAAAACUUUCUCUUUAGAAACCUUACUUUUUUGGAAAAAUACUUCUAUAAGUGAGCAUAUACCAUAAUUUCUACUAUGUAAAGCCGUUUUAUAUGUAAAAACCAUUAAUUUAGCAUGCUCUAGGAGUUAUUUUAAUAAUUAUAAUUGUAAGAUGGAGAAAAAACAUAACGAUGUUUUAGUAAUUUAUGUUUUAAAGUUUGUAAUAAAGGAUUGCCAUAUUUAAA